GCGGCGCUCCGAGUCGUGGAGGGCGGAGGGUGGUGGCAGCGCUGGCGCUGGGGACCGGCUCGGUGGCUUCGGCAAACAGUUUGGCGCCGGCGGCCUCCAGCCUCACUCCGCAGCCCGCCCUCGACACGGCUCGCAGCCUCCUCGCCGCCGGCGGCCCGCAAUGUGGCCCGCCGUGCGGGUGUAGCAGUUGCGCGUGCGCGGAACCGCGGGGCCAUGAGCGAAGCCGGCGGCGGCCGGGGCUGUGGGUGCCGGGUCCCCCAGCGAGCGUCAUGGAGCCCGGUGGCAGCGACGGCCGCGCUCUGCCUGGUGCUGGCCACGUCCGUGUGCACGGCGGGGGCCGCGCCCAUGAGUAGGGAAGAGAAGCAGAAGCUCGGAAAUCAAGUCCUGGAAAUGUUUGAUCAUGCUUAUGGCAACUAUAUGGAACAUGCUUACCCAGCUGAUGAACUCAUGCCUUUAACCUGUCGAGGACGUGUCAGAGGCCAGGAGCCAAGCCGGGGUGACGUAGAUGAUGCCUUGGGAAAGUUUUCCCUAACACUGAUCGAUUCUUUGGAUACGCUUGUGGUAUUAAACAAAACCAAGGAAUUUGAAGAUGCAGUGAGAAAAGUUUUAAGAGAUGUUAAUUUAGAUAAUGAUGUAGUUGUGUCAGUCUUUGAAACAAACAUCAGAGUUCUUGGGGGCCUUUUGGGUGGACACUCACUGGCAAUCAUGUUGAAGGAAAAAGGUGAAUACAUGCAGUGGUAUAAUGAUGAACUUCUCCAAAUGGCAAAGCAGCUGGGUUACAAACUCCUACCGGCCUUCAACACUACCAGUGGCCUUCCUUAUCCCAGGAUUAAUUUAAAGUUUGGCAUCAGAAAACCAGAAGCCCGGACGGGAACUGAGACAGACACCUGUACAGCCUGUGCGGGGACCUUGAUCCUUGAGUUUGCUGCUCUAAGUCGAUUCACCGGAGCGACAAUAUUUGAGGAAUAUGCAAGAAAAGCUCUUGAUUUUCUGUGGGAGAAAAGACAGCGAAGUAGCAAUUUAGUAGGCGUGACUAUCAAUAUUCAUACUGGAGACUGGGUGCGCAAAGAUAGUGGAGUUGGAGCAGGGAUUGAUUCCUAUUAUGAGUAUCUGUUGAAAGCCUAUGUCUUGCUUGGAGAUGACAGUUUUCUGGAAAGAUUUAAUACACAUUAUGAUGCCAUAAUGAGGUAUAUUAGCCAGCCACCUCUCCUACUUGAUGUGCAUAUCCACAAACCGAUGCUGAAUGCUCGGACCUGGAUGGAUGCAUUGCUUGCCUUUUUUCCAGGUUUGCAGGUUUUAAAGGGUGAUAUUAGGCCUGCUAUUGAAACUCAUGAAAUGUUAUACCAGGUGAUUAAAAAGCACAAUUUCCUACCAGAGGCAUUUACUACAGAUUUCAGGGUCCAUUGGGCUCAGCAUCCUUUAAGGCCAGAGUUUGCAGAAAGUACCUACUUCUUAUAUAAAGCUACAGGAGACCCUUACUACCUUGAAGUAGGGAAAACACUCAUUGAAAAUUUGAAUAAAUAUGCUCGAGUGCCUUGCGGCUUUGCUGCCAUGAAAGAUGUUCGCACGGGGAGUCAUGAGGACAGAAUGGAUUCAUUUUUCUUGGCUGAAAUGUUUAAAUAUCUCUACCUGUUAUUUGCUGACAAAGAAGACAUUAUUUUUGACAUAGAAGAUUACAUCUUUACAACAGAAGCUCAUCUAUUACCUCUCUGGCUCUCUACCACAAAUCGAAGCAUCUCGAAGAAGAACACAACCUCAGAAUACACAGAACUGGAUGAUAGUAAUUUUGAUUGGACUUGUCCAAACACACAGAUUCUUUUUCCUAAUGAUCCAUUGUAUGCUCAGAGCAUCCGUGAACCCUUGAAAAACGUGGUGGAUAAGAGCUGUCCCAGAGGCAUCAUCAGAGUCAGAGAGGAGAGUUUGAGAAGUGGAGCUCAACCUCCUCUGAGAGCCAGAGAUUUUAUGGCCACUAACCCAGAACAUUUAGAAAUCCUGAAGAAGAUGGGGGUGAGUUUGAUUCACCUCAAAGAUGGGCGAGUCCAGCUGGUCCAACAUGCAAUCCAAGCUGCUAGUUCAAUUGAUGCUGAAGAUGGGUUGCGGUUCAUGCAGGAGAUGAUUGAGCUGUCCAGUCAGCAACAGAAAGAGCAGCAGCUACCUCCACGAGCUGUACAAAUUAUUUCCCACCCGUUUUUUGGCAGGGUAGUCUUAACUGCUGGACCAGCUCAGUUUGGGCUGGAUCUAUCUAAACACAAAGAGACAAGAGGAUUUGUUGCAAGCAGUAAACCAUAUAAUGGUUGUUCAGAGCUCACUAACCCUGAGGCAGUGAUGGGAAAAAUUGCCUUGAUACAAAGAGGACAGUGCAUGUUCGCAGAAAAGGCACGCAACAUCCAGAAUGCUGGAGCCAUUGGUGGCAUCGUUAUUGAUGACAACGAGGGGAGCAGCAGCGACACCGCCCCUCUGUUCCAGAUGGCGGGGGACGGGAAAGACACGGACGACAUAAAGAUCCCCAUGCUGUUCUUGUUCAGCAAAGAAGGGAGCAUCAUCCUGGACGCCAUCCGGGAGCACGAGGAGGUGGAGGUGCUCCUCUCCGACAAAGCGAGAGACCGAGCAGCCAUAUUAAAAGGUAAAAUGAUUCCAAGCUACAUUAUUAACAGUAAUCCUGAAGUGGAAAAUGAAGACCAGCCAUCUUCUGAAAAUGAUUCUCAGAAUCAAAGUGCGGAGCAGAUGCUGUCACUUCCUCAGACAGUUGACUUGGUUGAUCAGGAGACCCCUGAAAAGCCUCCAGAGUCUGACUCAGAGUCACCCUCUCCAGCAGACACUGAAGAAGCUGCCAGCGUUGCCCCUUCUGAACAGGUGCCUAGUUCCACAGAAAGCCAUGAGACUGCAAGUCUUGAUGGUGAAUGUGCAGACUUAGAUAACCAGCUUCAAGAACAAUCAGAAACUGAGGAAGAUUCCAGUCCUAAUGCCAGCUGCGGUACAAAGGCCCAGCCUAUAGACUCCAUAUUAGCAGACUGGAAUGAAGACAUAGAAGCAUUCGAAAUGAUGGAGAAGGAUGAACUAUGACUCCACAAAGACGCUGGUGGUAGAUAUUUGAAAAGAAGCAGUAAACUGUGGUUUUUGACACCCUAUAUACCAAGCAGGCUCUCCUGGGAGGCUCUGAGCUUUGCUCAGGCACAUUCUGACUGGGGUAAGCAGUUACCGUAGGGAACUGGAGCAUGCUGUGUUAGAGCUGACCCGACUGAAACUCCCCCAUGCAAAGUGGAAACUCGCAGCCCCUCAAAUGAUGGCAUAUUACACACCCUGCAGCUCCCAGGGCAGGGAAAGGUGACUGGCCAUUCCUGGGUAAACAAGAAACAAAUUCAGCUAGUGGAAAGUGGGAACAAGAG